AUGUCUCUAUCGAUUUCAGGAGCUUUUUCUACAGAAACUGUGGGAGCAACGACUGAAUCAUAUUUGUAUGACCCAGACAAAGGUUGUCUUUUGCUUGAUUUACCACCUGAAUUAUUCUAUUUAGUUAGUGAACAUCUAAACUAUCACGAUAUAAUUAAUCUGAGUAAAACAUGCUCUCGUCUCUAUGAAUAUAUCAAUAGCGAUGUAUUUUGGACACGUCUGAUAUAUUGUCAAUUUCAUUCAAGUAUUGCCAAAUUAUACACCUCUGACAUCUUCAACGACAAACGAAAUCAAGAUGUGAUUAAUAGACGAAAUGAAAUUCGACAACCAGAUUUUAUAUCAAAAAAAGGUAAUGAAGAUAAGUUGGAUCAAGCAGCCAUUACAUGUUGUACACAUUACAAUGAAACAGCAGUUCUCAAUAAUGGAACGUCAAUGUACAUUUCGCAAGAUCAAUUUCGGCAUGAUGUUAAAUAUUAUCAAUACAAAACACAAUAUUUAACCGAUAAUAAUCGAAAGAAUACUCCAUUAAUGAAAUUAAUCUAUUUUUAUUUGAUUGAUCGUAAACGAUUAGCAGCGAUUAAUAUGGGUGUUGUACAUCUUAAUAAUAACUAUUUGAUUGGUAUAAAAACAUCAGAUAGUUUAAAUGGACACGUUGUACAGUUAAAUACGGUAUGUUGGCUUGACAUAUCGGGUGAAAUGGAAAAUAUUCUACCAGGAAAAUAUGAAUUAAUAUGGAGGAUGAAAUUGAGCAGUAAUUGUUAUAUACCUGGUAUAACUGAAUUCAUUGCCGUACCACAACAUGGCUCACUGAUUUGUUGUAAAUGGUCAGAGGAGAAUUUUCGAGAAAAAAAAAUUGAAUAUGGUUCACAGUGGUUUACAACAGAAAUGGGAACCACAAAUAUUUAUGAACCGUCUACUGUACUUAUAGCAGUGAGAAAUUUAGUUAAUCCAUAUUGGAAAAACGGUGUAUCAUGGGAUUGUGUAGAAUUAAAACUGGUGCCGUUGAAAAAUUCUUCUUUAUCAAUGUAA